UUGUAGUUUUCAAGUCUUGUUACCUCCUUGGUUAAAUUUUUUCGUAAGUGGUAUUUUAUGCUAUUAAAUUGAAAUUUUUAAUGCUGUUGUAAACUGAACUGUUUCUUAAUAUUCUUUUCAGAGUGUUCAUUUGCUUAGUGUAUAAAAAUAUGAAUGAUUUUUGUGUUGAUCUUAUAUUCUGCAACUUUGCUUAGUCUGUUGUAUGAUUACUUAAAUGCGAAAAGACACUAACACAACACUGUAAAGCAGCUAUACUCCAAUAAAAAUUUUAAAAAUAAAUAAAAAAUUUAAAAAGUAAAAAAAAAGAAAAGAAAAUACACCAUGAGUUCAUACUAAUAUUUCUAAGUCUGAUUUUGUUUCCAGUUUAAGGGUUUAGGAUUAUAAGAUUUUCCCUUUAACUUUUUAAAGAUUUAUAUUUAUAGCUCUUCUUUUACACUGAAAGUCUUGGAGAGUGAUGAAUUACUUGCCAUGUUACUUAUAUAUACAUAUGUGUAUUAGUAUUAUUAUUUUGAGCUUAUUUUAGAAAAUGGUUGCUGAAAACAUUUGCCAGUUCCACCACCACUGGGGUGGCUUCGUUAUUCUCAACAGUGGCGGAGUCCUUGGCCACUUCUCUGCACUAUGUCAGGUGGCCUCCUGAAGGCGCUGCGCAGCGACUCCUACGUCGAGCUGAGCCAGUACGGGCCAGCACUUCUGGGUCUCAUUACUUUAGAAAGUUUCACAUCAUAACCAUCAUGAAUUUCAAGCAUCCUGCAAGAUUCAAACAGUGAACGGAUUCAACUUUUGCUGUUGUUUAUCUCUGCAGUCUAAAGCCUAUAGCUUCAUUUAGGUAGUAGUAAGAUACUGUCUUAUAGAAUUUCUACAGUGUUUCCUGAAUGGGUGACAAUGAAGAACAGGAAAAAUUACUGAAGAAAAGCUGUGCAUUGUAUGUUGGAAAUCUUUCCUCUUAUACAACUGAAGAACAAAUCUAUGAACUCUUAAGCAAAAGUGGUGGCAUAAAAUCAUCAUGGGUCUGGAUAAAAAUGAAGAAAACAGGGUUCUGCUUUGUGGAAUACUAUUCAAGACCAGAUGCAGAAAAUGCCAUGCGGUACAUAAAUGGAACUUGUCCAGAUGACUGGAUCAUUCGCACAGACUGGGACGCAGGCUUUAAGCAGGGCAGGCAGUACGGCCGUGGGUGUUCUGGGGGCCAGGUACGAGAUGAGUAUUGUCAGGACUAUGAUGCUGGGAGAGGAGGCUAUGGAAAACUGGCCCCAAACCAGUGAGUGGUGAGAGUCCCAUCAUGAAAAACUCACUCCUUUGGCCUGUUGAAUUUGACUUGCGUUACCCAAGGUCUGCGAACCUGCCCAUUUUUACCAAGCUUUAAUCAAUGUCUCUACUGAGCUGGAAGCCUCCUCAUGGUUUUCCACUUAAAAAUUAUUAAAGGACAUAAUCCAAAAGAAUGCCUUUAAUUCUAUAGUCUUAGCAUCUUGGUCGUGUGUCAGAUUACCAGAAUGAUUUGAG